AUGAAGACCUCUACCAUCACCGUCGCUCUUGCUGCUCUUGUCGCCAUCACCGCACCCACCCUCGUCGAAGCUGAAACCUGCGCCACCAUGACUCUCGUCUUCAAAUUGCUCCCGCUACUGUCCGAUGCCAAAACGUGCGCCGACGAUACGGGAUACACCAUUUACCCAUUCAGCGGCAAACCCACUGAGCAGCAGAUGCCAGCUAUUUGUGCCAACCCGACGUGUACGGGUGUAUUGCAGGAUGCCAUUGACAGCGACCUGCCGGAUUGCACGAUCGACUUUGAGGCGACGCAACUGAACGUGCGCGCAGAGUUGACAGCCUACGCCACGCGAUGCGGAGUGUUCGAGUCGCGCAAGAAACCGUUGCGUGCUUGA